UGCUUUUUGACGAUGUGUUUUUAUUAAAGACACCAAUGUCCAGAACCCGGGAAGGAUCAUCUGGGACCCACAUUCUCAGCUAAAUAUGCAGACCCCAAGCUUGCAUGUUUAUGUACACCCUAAUCAUGAUUCCAAAACAAAACUCUAUUGUUCAGAGAUGGAGGUAGCUGAGUGUGGAUGGGGGUGUUGGUAGACUGCCAGGAGGGUAGGGGAUGUGGACAAAACAAUGUUUUCAUGUAAAACUCUGGGACUUUUCUCAUUUGGUCUGUCUGAAAAAAGUUUCUGAGACUUUACAUGAAGACUGGAAGCAUUCUCAAUCGAAGCCUGCCACUGUAACUGUAAUAGGAAAAGUAAAAUUCGAGGGACAAGAGCCAUGAGAAGAGAUUAGUCAGUCAUCGUCAGUUGGAGGACACACGCUCUUAGAUCCAGUCCAGUUUUCUUAGUCUGAUUAGGGAAGUAGCUUUGUUGAAUGCGUGAAAUGAGACUCUUUGAGGUGCUGGAUUUGGCAAGAAGGGGAAUAGCUGGAGGGAGUUGGAGAAGUAUGUGAAGUAAAUGAGAAUUCUGGAGGACACUUUACUUCAGCUGAAGACUUAAACCUGUUGAUUGCCAAAAACACGAGAUUAGAGAUUUAUGUGGUCACUGCCGAGGGGCUUCGGCCCGUCAAAGAGGUGGGCAUGUACGGGAAGAUUGCGGUCAUGGAGCUUUUCAGGCCCAAGGGGGAGAGCAAGGACCUGCUGUUUAUCUUGACAGCAAAGUACAAUGCCUGCAUCCUGGAGUAUAAGCAGAGUGGCGAAAGCAUUGACAUCAUCACGCGAGCCCAUGGCAAUGUUCAGGACCGCAUUGGCCGUCCCUCAGAGACUGGCAUUAUUGGCAUCAUUGACCCUGAGUGCCGGAUGAUCGGCCUGCGUCUCUAUGAUGGCCUUUUCAAGGUUAUUCCACUAGAUCGUGAUAAUAAAGAACUCAAGGCCUUCAACAUCCGCCUGGAGGAGCUGCAUGUCAUUGAUGUCAAGUUCCUAUAUGGUUGCCAAGCACCUACUAUUUGCUUUGUCUACCAGGACCCUCAGGGGCGGCAUGUGAAAACCUAUGAGGUGUCUCUCCGAGAGAAGGAGUUCAAUAAGGGCCCUUGGAAACAGGAAAAUGUAGAAGCUGAGGCUUCCAUGGUGAUUGCAGUCCCAGAGCCCUUUGGAGGGGCCAUCAUCAUUGGACAGGAGUCAAUCACCUAUCACAAUGGUGACAAAUACCUGGCUAUUGCUCCUCCUAUCAUCAAGCAAAGCACUAUUGUGUGCCACAAUCGAGUGGACCCUAAUGGCUCAAGAUACCUGCUGGGAGAUAUGGAAGGCAGACUUUUCAUGCUGCUUUUGGAGAAGGAGGAACAGAUGGAUGGCACUGUCACUCUCAAGGAUCUCCGUGUAGAACUCCUGGGAGAGACCUCUAUUGCUGAGUGCUUGACAUACCUUGAUAAUGGUGUUGUGUUUGUCGGGUCUCGCCUGGGUGACUCCCAGCUUGUGAAGCUCAAUGUUGACAGUAAUGAACAAGGCUCCUACGUAGUGGCCAUGGAAACCUUCACCAACCUAGGACCCAUUGUGGAUAUGUGUGUGGUGGACCUGGAGAGGCAGGGGCAGGGGCAGCUGGUCACUUGCUCUGGAGCUUUCAAGGAAGGUUCCUUGCGGAUCAUCCGGAAUGGAAUUGGAAUUCACGAGCAUGCCAGCAUUGACUUACCAGGCAUCAAAGGAUUAUGGCCACUGCGGUCUGACCCUAAUCGUGAGACUGAUGACACUUUGGUGCUUUCUUUUGUGGGCCAGACAAGAGUUCUCAUGUUAAAUGGAGAGGAGGUAGAAGAAACCGAACUGAUGGGUUUCGUGGAUGAUCAGCAGACUUUCUUCUGUGGCAACGUGGCUCAUCAGCAGCUUAUCCAGAUCACUUCAGCAUCGGUGAGGUUGGUCUCUCAAGAACCCAAAGCUCUGGUCAGUGAAUGGAAGGAGCCUCAGGCCAAGAAUAUCAGUGUGGCCUCCUGCAACAGCAGCCAGGUGGUGGUGGCUGUGGGCAGGGCCCUCUACUACCUGCAGAUCCAUCCUCAGGAGCUCCGGCAGAUCAGCCACACAGAGAUGGAACAUGAAGUGGCCUGCUUGGACAUCACCCCAUUAGGGGACAGCAAUGGACUGUCCCCUCUUUGUGCCAUUGGCCUCUGGACAGACAUCUCGGCUCGUAUUUUGAAGCUGCCUUCUUUUGAACUACUGCACAAGGAGAUGCUGGGUGGAGAGAUAAUUCCUCGCUCCAUCCUGAUGACCACCUUUGAGAGUAGCCACUACCUCCUUUGUGCCUUGGGAGAUGGAGCACUUUUCUACUUUGGGCUCAACAUUGAGACAGGUCUGUUGAGCGACCGUAAGAAGGUGACUCUAGGCACCCAGCCCACUGUAUUGAGGACUUUCCGUUCUCUUUCUACCACCAACGUCUUUGCUUGCUCUGACCGCCCCACUGUCAUCUAUAGCAGCAACCACAAAUUGGUCUUCUCAAAUGUCAACCUCAAGGAAGUGAACUACAUGUGUCCUCUCAAUUCGGAUGGCUAUCCUGACAGCCUGGCUCUGGCCAACAAUAGCACCCUUACCAUCGGCACCAUCGAUGAGAUCCAGAAGCUGCACAUUCGCACAGUUCCCCUCUAUGAGUCUCCGAGGAAGAUCUGCUACCAGGAAGUAUCCCAAUGUUUCGGGGUCCUCUCCAGCCGCAUUGAAGUCCAAGACACGAGUGGGGGCACAACAGCUUUGAGGCCCAGCGCUAGCACCCAGGCUCUGUCCAGCAGUGUCAGCUCCAGCAAGCUAUUCUCCAGCAGUACAGCUCCUCAUGAGACCUCCUUUGGAGAAGAGGUGGAGGUGCACAACCUACUUAUCAUUGACCAACACACCUUUGAAGUGCUUCAUGCUCACCAGUUUCUGCAGAAUGAAUAUGCCCUCAGCCUGGUCUCUUGCAAACUGGGCAAAGACCCCAACACUUACUUCAUUGUGGGCACAGCAAUGGUGUAUCCUGAAGAGGCAGAGCCCAAGCAGGGUCGCAUUGUGGUCUUUCAGUAUUCGGAUGGAAAACUACAGACUGUGGCUGAAAAGGAAGUGAAAGGGGCCGUGUACUCUAUGGUGGAAUUUAACGGGAAGCUGUUAGCCAGCAUCAAUAGCACGGUGCGGCUCUAUGAGUGGACAACAGAGAAGGAGCUGCGCACUGAGUGCAACCACUACAACAACAUCAUGGCGCUCUACCUGAAGACCAAGGGCGACUUCAUCCUGGUGGGCGACCUCAUGCGCUCAGUGCUGCUGCUCGCCUAUAAGCCCAUGGAAGGAAACUUUGAAGAGAUUGCUCGAGACUUCAAUCCCAACUGGAUGAGUGCUGUGGAAAUCUUGGAUGAUGACAAUUUUCUGGGGGCCGAAAAUGCCUUUAACUUGUUUGUGUGUCAAAAGGACAGCGCUGCCACCACUGACGAGGAGCGGCAGCACCUCCAGGAGGUUGGUCUUUUCCACCUGGGCGAGUUUGUCAAUGUCUUUUGCCAUGGCUCUCUGGUAAUGCAGAAUCUGGGUGAGACUUCCACCCCCACACAAGGCUCGGUGCUCUUCGGCACGGUCAACGGCAUGAUAGGGCUGGUUACCUCACUGUCAGAGAGCUGGUACAACCUCCUGUUGGACAUGCAGAAUCGACUCAAUAAAGUCAUCAAAAGUGUGGGCAAGAUUGAGCACUCCUUCUGGAGAUCCUUUCACACCGAGCGGAAGACAGAACCAGCCACAGGCUUCAUCGAUGGUGACUUGAUUGAGAGUUUCCUGGAUAUCAGCCGCCCCAAGAUGCAGGAGGUGGUGGCAAAUUUACAGUAUGACGAUGGCAGCGGUAUGAAGCGAGAGGCCACUGCAGACGACCUCAUCAAGGUUGUGGAGGAGCUAACUCGGAUCCAUUAGCCAAGGGCAGGGGGCCCCUUUUCUGACCCUCCCCAAAGGCUUUGCCCUGCUGCCCUCACCCUCUUCUCCACCAUCGUCUUCUUGGCCAUGGGAGGCCUUUCCCCAAGUCACCUGCCCCCAAAGCCACAGUUCCCCUACGUGGAAGUGGGGCAGGCUUCAUAGAGACCUGGAAUGAGCUGAAGGCAAAACAUUUUCUCCCUGGAUUUUUACCAGUCUCACAUAAUUCCAGCCAUCACCUUGGACCACCAAGCCUUCAUUGGUGUUGCCAGUUGUCCUCCUUCCAGGGAGGGAUUUUGCAGUUCUUUGGCUGAAAGGAAGCUGUGUGUAUGUGUGUGUGUGUGCUUGUGUGUGUGUGUGUGUGUGUGUAUCUCACACGCAUUGUCCUCUAUCUUUUAUUUAGAUUGGCGUUGUAGGGAGUUGUGGGUAGUGGGGAAGAGGAUUGGGAGGGUUUCAUUGUUUAUAAAGUGUGAGACCUUCCUUUUACUUUUCUUCUGUUUCCUCUGAGAGCAUCAGCCCUAGAGGCCUGGCUGCCAGGUCAUGGCAGCCCGUGUAUAAAACCUGGAGAUGGUGGAUGAUCCCCAUGCCACAGCCCUUUUGUCUCUGCAGACUGCCUUCUUCGGAAAGAAGGAGGUGGGAGGAUGUGAAUUGUUAGUUUCUGAGUUUUACCAAAUAAAGUAGAAUCUAAGAAGAAAAG